AGGCGAAGUAUCGUGAAGUAAGGCGGGCGUGGAUUUGUUCCUGAAUCUGAAUGCCGAUUUCGUAGGCGUGUUGUUAGAUAAAGACGUGUACACAUGACAUGUAGGUCUUCUUUUGACACAAUACAUUUAGGUUACCUGUGAAUUCGUAUUCAGGUAUAUCAACAGAUUUAAGAUAUACUAACGGUGAGAUAUUUUAUGAUAAAUAAAUAUGAAUUAAGUCGAUUACAAAUCGAUAUAUCGAUUUCAGUCACUUGUGAACCAGGCCGAAAUGACAGUAUUAGUGCAGACGGCGAAACGCGUCAUCGGGUGAAGGUCAGUAGCUUCAAUACAAACUUGUGAAAAACAUACCUAGCUUUUUGCCCUGAUAUAUGGUGUUGUGGAGGGUCUUUUCACUCAUAGGCACAGAGAGAUGUAGAGGGAGUUCUUAACUAGAUCAUUCAUACGCCUUGUUUAAUGCAAUUGACUUAAACGUCCAUUGUGUUAUGAAUUUGCCGGUGACACAGAACUGAAGUUACUGUUUAACCCAGAUGUUGCAUAAUUCUAUGACAAAGGAGAAACAGACUAGUGUUGUUUACAUGUGAAUAAAGAAACAGAGGACAUAAUAUUAAAUAGUGGAUUUUAAGAUACUAUUCUACUGGAUCCGCUAAUAUUCGAGGAAUACUGUUAUGCAAGGUCGAUUUAACGGUAAUUUUAGAAUUAUUGGCCCGAUGCAUAUGAGCACUGAGUGUCUGUAAUCCCAAAACAAUCAUGGCAACGAAUGGAUUUGUUAGACCAUCAUCGAAAUUCAAUGAUAUACGAUAUCAAUGUCUUAAAUCAGGGAAAAAGUUUGUCGACUCAGACUUUCCUCCAAAUGACCGAUCUAUAUAUAUAAAUGGCCAAGGAAGGGGACAAUAUGGACAAAUCUUCUGGAAGAGACCAGGGGAGAUAGUGAGAAGACCGAGAUAUGUAGUUGGGGAUGUGGCAAGACAUGAUAUGGAUCAAGGAGGUCUCGGUGAUUGUUGGUUUAUAGCAGCAGCAGCCAUUUUAUGCACAUCACAUAGAAAUAUGUUUGAACGAGUUGUUCCACUGGAUCAAGAUUUUGAUCGUAAUUAUGCGGGUAUAUUUCGGUUUAAUUUUUGGUGGUAUGGUGAAUGGGUUGAGGUUAUUAUUGAUGAUUAUCUUCCAACUGAUGGACGAAGACUUAAAUUUGGUAAAAAUAGAGAACAUGUAGAUGAAUUUUGGUGCGCAUUACUGGAAAAAGCUUAUGCCAAACUGCGUGGGAGUUAUGAAGGUAUUGAUGGUGGUAAAAUACAAGAUGCUCUAGUAGACUUUACUGGGGGUAUAGGUGAAGUUAUAGAUCUAAAACAUAAAAAUAAAAUACCAAGAAAUCUCUUUCAUUUACUACACAAAUCUAUAGCGAUGAAUUCAAUGGUUGGAGCAAGUAUAGCUCGACCACCCGGUGCUACUGAAUCAGAAAUUGAAUUAACAAAUGGUUUAUAUAUGGGACAUGCUUACAGUAUUACCGGUAUAAGAGAGGUGCCAUUUGGAAGAAAAUCAGCACAUUUACUACGAUUAAGGAACCCGUGGGGUAGAGGUGAAUGGAAAGGACCCUGGUCAGAUUCAUCUCCUGAAAUUAGAUCGUUGCCACCAGCAGUAAAGAGAGAUUUAGAAAUUGGUGUUCAGGAAGAUGGUGAAUUCUGGAUAACAUAUGGGGAUGUCAUAGAACAGUUUGAUGAAAUAGAGAUGUGUCAUUUACAACCUGAUGCCCUUACAGAAGAAAUAGCAGCAGACGAGAAUACAACACCUUGGAAUGUAACAGUUUAUCAUGAUGCCUGGAAGAGAGGAAUAACAGCAGGGGGCUGUGGUAACAAACCAUAUCAAGAUUUAUAUUGGAUAAAUCCGCAAUUUUUCAUCAAACUAUCUUUACAAGAUGAAGACAGCCGUGAUGGAGAAUGUACUCUAAUUGUUUCACUAACAGAGAAAGAGAAGAAUAAUCAAUCUAAAAUUGCUAUAGGUUUCGAUAUAUACAAGUUGAGGUCUCCAGAACUACGACCAUUAAAUGGUGAAAGAGCUUCAAGAAAUGCAAUGUUAUUAGCUGAAAGGUCUGGACAGUAUCAGUUUUACCGUGAAGUGACGAGACGAUUCGAGUUUUCACCAGGUGUUUACGCUAUAGUACCCAGCACAUUCAAGCCAAAUGUAGAAGCAAAAUUUUUACUUCGUCUUUAUACUGAGAAGGCAGCGGAAAGUGGUAUCUUAGAUGACGUAAAUCCAGACCCUGUCGUGUCACCCACAACGCCUUCUAUACCGCCUGUAAUAACACCAACAUAUAAUAUUAUAACAGAAUUAUUUCUACAAUAUUCUGGUAGAGAUAAACGACUCGAUUAUAAAGAAUUAGGAUACUUUAUUAAAACAAUUAGCUAUAGAGAAUUUGGUGAACAAUUAACAUUUAGUGAAGAAGCUUGUCGAAGUUUAAUAACGUGUAUGGAUAGAAAUAGAUCUGGUUUUAUUGAUGCGGAAGAAACCCAGAAAAUGUGGAAAGAAAUUACAGCUUAUAGGGAGGUUUUCAAGCAGUUUGAUAGAGACCGAUCUGGGACAGUAGAUGGUUCUGAAUUAGAAUUCAUGUUUUCUAAAUUAGGUUUCCCGAUACAUAAAUCUAUAAUGCAAGGUAUUCUUAGAAGAUAUGGUGGUCGACAAUCUACUUUAUCUUUAAAUGAUUUUGUUAUUGUUAUUUGUAAAUUAGUACUUAUGUUUGGUAUUUUCCAAGAACAAAGAGAUAAAACAAGAUCUGAUGGUCGUGAUGAUGUAGCACAAUUUACAUUGAACGAGUUCCUUCAGUAUUCCAUGUUUUGUUAGAAAGCCAUCCUCAUCAUGCAGAAUAUAUUCAGGAAUAUGUCUUUUUUGGUGCCAUUCAUUUGAAUCAUAAUCCAUUAUUACUACCUGUAAGAUUUGUUGUAGCCAUUUAGGCUAAUUUGCAUUUUAAAUCAUUUGUGUUUAUAUACACAUUAAUGGUAUAUACAUAAAAUAGUUCUGUAUUAUGUCAAUUGUAUGUUAUAAAUGAAAGUAUGAAUAUGAUAGUGUCAUAUUGUGAGAUAUUCUGUAUAUAGCAGAAGAAUAUUGGUACCGUGAGUUUAUCAAGGAAAUAGGAAAUUUGACGUCGCCGAAGUUGCAAGAAUCAACAAAAGCAGGACACAUUAAUUUAGGGGAUACAGUAUUGACAAGAUUUUAUUUCUGUUCUUUGUAGCUUCAUCCAGUGAUUGCACUCAGCAGAUAACGUAGCAAAAAAUCCAGCCAUUUACGAGGGCUGACUGAAGUGUUUUAAGCCUAUUUGUGAAAGACCUGUACAAAUCAAUGGUUUUCAUUUAUUUUUCUAUUUAGUCCCAUUCGUGAUGUACACACUUUUGCCAACGAUGUUGCAAGAACUGGAUGCCGGUCAGGAACAAAUUUUCUUCAGCCACCGCAAAAAGUCUUCAUCAUUAAUAGGAAAAUGACGACCGGUUAGCUCCUUUUGCACCUGUCUCAUUAGGUGGGCAUAUCUUCCAUUGAUAGUCUAGCCUUUAUCAAGAUAGUCAAUUAGCAGAAUACCCUUGGAAUCCCAAAAGACUAAAGCCAUCACCUUUCCAGCAGAAGGAACCGACUUGACUUGGGGGAGGGGACUGGGGGCUCUGGAUGCUUCCAUUGUUUAGACUGAAUUGGGGAUUCUGGUUGAAAGUGACAAAUCCGGGUCUCAUCGAUGGUUACAAAUCUGGUCAAAAACGUUGCAAGAUUUGCUUCAAGACGGUAGACUGUCAGUGAUGUCUCAUCAGUGAUACCCACAACACUGGCAAUAUGUCGAGUGGUCAAUCGUCGAUUAGCCAUCACCAUGUCAUGCACCCAUGUAAUGUUUUCUUGAAUGGUUGCUGUUUUAAAAAUGGCCUUUCAGGACGAGGUCAUCGUCAAGGAAGGGACAUGUCGGCAUGCAUCUAUGUUUGGGUUAGUCCUUUCAGUUGCAGGCACUUGAUGACUGUCGUAUAGCCGGUUUUGUCCAUUUCUGAGGAUUUCGACAGGUAGGUUCACAAGAUGAUCUGGUAAGAAAAAGAAAACGGUUGCCGUUCUUAUGCUUAUGAUUCAUUGAAUGAUUGUACUUGUUGGUGGCAAAAGUUUUGUUUCAACCCAAUUGAUCUAUCCUUAUCAGGCUUAAAACUUUUCAGUCAGCCCUCGUACAUCAUGAAGUUUGUUAAGUUUUAUUUUAACCGACGUUCUUUAUUUACAGUUAAUUCUUACAUGAAACUCGGCGUAUUUAUACAACACUCUGUUUCAAUUGCUUACAAAUAUAUUUAUCUUGCCAUUUUGUAGUCAAUGAACCUUGUGCUUGUGACUGUCAGUAUAACCAAGAUAUUAAAAAUAUUAUAUAUAUACCCGGUCAAAUUAUAUUUAUACAUAUACAUUCUAUUACAUUUUAUAGUUCUCAAUUUAAAACUAACCUGUUUUGAUAUAAAAUAAAUAUAUUAUAAAGAUAA